AUGCCUAUCCCGCGGAACUCGUUGGUGUCAGUGGUGCUGGUGGGGUUGCUGUUGGUGGUGGGCGGUGAAAGUGAACCGCAGGAAGGAUACUUCUAUCCUCGUCCUACACCACAGUGCCUGCCGCAGGUGUUCACCGAAACCGUCACGGAUUAUGCGACCGAAACGCUGAACCACUUCUUUACGGACGUCCAGACGGUGUACCUGACGGACUAUGUGACGAGUACCGUCGUGAAUCCGGUCCUAAUCACCUCUACUGAGUACGCCGUCUCGACGGUGGUGGUUCCACAGCUGGAGUAUGUCACCGAAACCAGCACGCUUGUCCUGCAACCUAGCCCAGUUGUGCAAUACGUCACCGAAACCGUCGUUUCGACAGUUUUCGCUCAGAGUGACUUCAGUGGAGCCGUGCAGGAGGUCCCAACGAACGCUUAUCUCCCACCUGCACCGGUACCAGUGUCGAUCCCCAAUCCCGUGCUCAUUAACAACGGCAUCCAGCUGCAGCAACCUCCACCACCACCGUUCAUUCCGCCACCGCACGUGUCUCUCCCACCGGUGCUUGAGCAUCCCGUAACGCAUCAGCCCUUCUUGCAGGUCGAUGUGGGAUCGCAAGGUCAUCGAACACUCGGAGAACCGGUUGAUGUUGCCAACGGUGGGUUUGGAGGGGUUUAUGCGCUACCGAACGUUGGAUCAGCGCAUGCGUCGUUCGUCGACCACGAGGGCUAUCGUUAUAAGCGCAAACUGAACGAACAGACGACGAAACCGGCAGCGGUGUCUACGACAGCAGCGCCAAAGUCCACUUAGAUCGGUGGUGUAUUGUCGGUUGCCUACUGUUAGGCGUUUAGUGUGCUAGGAAAA